AUGAGGAACCCUUUUUCUCGUUCAUCAGGGAAUGGUGAUGAUGCACCAUUGGAAAUAUACGGGUAUCGAGGUUACAUGGUGGCUCUCUCGGCCGCCUGGGCCUCGGCGAUGUACGGCUACGACUCGGCUUUUAUUGGAGGGACACUAGAGCUUCCAGCAUUCAAGACUUCUUUAGAUAUAGACGGGAAUAACUCAACCAGUCUCUCAUCCAAUGUAGUGUCGAUGUUUCAAGCGGGUGCAUUCUUCGGUGCCAUUUUUGGAUUCUUCUUCGCCGAGUAUUUUGGUCGGAAGCCCGUCAUUCUCGGAUCGGGCGUUGUCUUUACCAUCGGAUCAGGCCUCCAACUCGUGGGACGUAUCGAUGAGCUCUACGCCGGACGGGUCUUAACAGGACUAGGAGUUGGAGCAUCCUCCACCAUGAUUCCCGUUUACAUCGCCGAAUGUUCUCCAGCCCUCAUCCGUGGGCGCCUCGUCGGUUGCUUCGAGAUCAUGCUACAGGUGGCUCUCGUCUUCGGAUUCUGGGUUAACUACGGCGUCGACAAGAAUAUACCGAGCACAACUUCUGCCCAAUGGAGAAUCCCCGUCGGCAUCCAGAUGAUUCCAGCUGGACUGCUACUGAUCUGUAUGUCAUGGAUGAUAGAAAGUCCACGUUGGCUUGCUAGCAAGAAUCGAAUCGUCCAAGCACAGAAAAACCUCGCUUGGGUUCGCAAUCUUCCAUUCGACCACCCCUACGUGGUCAAUGAGUUGGCCGAAAUUCAGGCUGCUGUCAACCAAGAACUUGAGAUGAGUGGUGGAAGACGGACACUGUCACACAUUGUGCGUGAAUGUGCUGCCCCCGGUGUCCGGAAUCGAAUCUUGAUUGGAGUGAUGCUGAUGCUGCUACAAAACCUUACUGGGAUCAAUUCUAUCAACUACUACAGUCCAACUAUCUUCCGCUCGGUAGGAUACUGA